GAAGUAAUGCAAGCAUUAACCAAAUUUGUCUCUUAUUACAUGUUUUGCCUUAAUUUACCACACCAUAUAUCUGAAUUUUAAGUUAUGGUAAAUCUUGAUUGGUGCAGUUACAAGAGCACUCAUCUUAUAACAAAUGAAAUGAGUCUUGUGGUGAUAGUGUUUUGUUGUUAUAAAAACACUCAGUGUUUGGUAGCUAAGGACAGUAUUAAACAGGGUGUCCAGCGACCUGGAAAACCUGGAAUUGUCAGGGAAUUUCGUGUGUCAGGGAAAAGUCAGGGAAAUGUCAGGGAUUUUUUAAAAAUCGUCUGGAAAUUUUGGCCGUGUUUGUUCUUCACGCAGCAGCACGAUACAAUAUGCAUAUCGAUUGUUCAAUUCGCCGCGUACACAAUGAUCGACGUAUCGAUUAUAAUCGGCACAUGGCUGUACACAUUGCGGCCUGUUAGGCUGGCCAAAAUGGCGCGCAUUUGUGUACUCUUGUUGAUUUUGGUUAUCGUUUUUGUUGAUGGAUAAGUGAAUUAUUAUAUCAUCAGCCAAACAAAGGUCACAACAUGGCUUCAAAACUCAGAAAAACUACAUUCAGGGAUGAAUGGAACCAGAACCCAUCCCUCUCAUGGGCUCAGGCUAUUGAUGGUAGCCCAUAUGCAGCUUGGUGCAAACUUUGCAAUCACAGGAUUGAACUGAGUAAUAUGGGGAAGCAGGCUCUUACCAGUCAUGCAUCUGGAGUGAAACACAGCAGAAGAGUGCAAGGAUUUCACAUGAGUUUAUCCAUAGCAGUGUACUGUAAAACAACUAGGCCUACAUCAGCAGCGUCACAAAAUAAUUCUGCUUCAGAGUCUUCUUCACCUUUGUCUGAAUCUUCAAAAUUGUUUAGUUCUGAUGUACCCAGCUCACCUCAAGUAUCUUCCCCUCCGUUGUUCCAAACAGAUCCAGUCAGCAGUUCUAAAUCUCUGCCUGAUACUUCCUCGAAUGCUGAUAAUUCUUAUCUAAACCCAUCCGCAACAUGUUCUUGCACGUGCACAUGUGGCAGUGCUAGAAAGGAAUCAAAAUCAUUGACAAAUUACUUAUUAAAUGAUUCUGUAACACGUGCCGAAAUACUUUGGUGUUUGUAUUGUGUUAUGGCUCAUAAUUCCUUAAGGAAUGCAGAAAAUAGUGUAGCAAUGCAUCGUAAGAUGUAUCACGACAGCAAAAUUGCAGCUAAAUUGCAGUUGGGAAAAACAGCAAAUGGACAUUUCUGUCCGUUACUGGAAUGAAGAUGAUUCAAUUACUUGCACUCGAUAUCUUACAUCAGCAUUUCUCGGCCAUUCGACUGCAGCAGACCUGUUAAGUGCUUUUAAAAACUCUUUGCCUGUGAAUACAUUACACAAAAUUAUACAGGUGUCGAUGGAUGGCCCCAAUGUAAAUUUGCGGUUUUUAAAAGACUUGAAGCAAGAUUUGAAGGAAGGUCGUACUGAUGAGGGGGUAAUAUUGGAUAUCGGCACUUGUGGCUUACAUUCAUUACACUGUGCCUUCAAAGGCGCAAUGAAGGAAACUGGUUGGGAAAUUGUUAAAUUCUUGCGUGCUAUUUACAACCUGUUUCAUAACAUCCCCACUCGUCGUGCAGACUACAUUAGAAUAACUGGUUCCAGCUUGUUUCCUCUAAAAUUUUGUCCAGUUCGUUGGUUAGACAACGUUCCUGUAGCAGACAGAGCAUUGAAAAUUUUACCAAAUCUUCGGAACUAUGUUGCUGGUCUAAAGUCAAAUACAGAACCUACGUGUGCUAGUUUUGUUAUAGUGAAAAGUGCUAUUAAAGAUGUGUUACUUGGACCUAAACUUGCUUUUUUUUCAUCUGUUGCUGCUGAAGUUGAACCACUUCUCAAAGAAUAUCAAACAAAUGACCCCAUGGCGCCGUACCUCUUUUCCGACUUUUCUUCAGUCAUCAAGAAUUUUAUGACUAGAUUUGUCAAAGCAGACGUAAUGGCAAAUACUACCCUGAGCAAAAUAGAUUUAUCUGCAAAUAAUCUUUUGUCAAGUAAAAAAAUUGACUUAGGUUUUGGGACACGAGCUGCAUUACGUUCAGAAAAUGCAAGUCAGAAGGAUAUGGAAUUAUUUAGAGCAGACUGUCUAAAAUGCCUGCAGGAAUGUGUGAAAAGGAUUUUCAAGCGCUCACCUCUUACAUUCAGCUUGACAAGAGGCAUUUCAUUUGCUGAUCCUUCUGUAGCCCUUAUUCCCGAUUUGGCGAUCAAGAGGCUGUCAUGUGCCUUAGAUAUAUUUGUUAGUCAUAAUUGGCUCUCUGGAAUUCAAGGUGACAAAAUAUCGAAGGAAUUCAAAAGAUUGUGUUCAUUGACUGCAGUGCAGGAACAUUUGAAACUCCAUGUCCGAUCCAAAGUACGCCUGGAUAAGUUUUGGUUUGACCUUUUAAAUGUUUACUGUAGUGAAAAUACAGGGCAUUUAGCAUCUUUUUUGAAAAUGAUAUUUAUUAUGUCUCAUGGCAACGCAGCAGUAGAAAGGGGAUUUUCAAUAAACAAACAGUGCUUGGUAGAAAAUCAGCUGGACAUUUCACUGAUUGCUCAGCGUACAAUUCAUGAUGGUAUUUUGUCAGCUGGAGGUCUGGAUAAUUUUGUCGUAUCUAAAAGAUUUAUUCAUGCUGCUCGUAAUGCAUAUUUAAAAUACAAGGAAUACACGGAACAACAGAAGAAGUUAUUAAAGGAAAAGGAAGAACAAGAAAAGCAGCUGCUGAACUCUCUGCUUUGGAAGCUAAGAAAAAGAAAAUCUUGGAAAAUGCUGAAAAAGAAGCUGCUGUAUUAAGCUUCCAGAUAGAAGCUUUAAAAAAGUAGUGCUGCUAAGAAAAACCUUUGUUAAAAUUUUAAUUUGUGAUUGGAUUUAAAAGGUUUUUUUAAAGUUUUAAGUUUGGAACUAUUGCAUACUUAGCUAAUUUGAAUACUAUAUAUAUUAUUUUUAAAUAUGAAGUGGAACUGACUUAUGUUUUCAAAACCAUCUAGUGAGUAACUCUUGAAGAAAUUGAGGAACAUGGUGAUAUGUGAGUACAAUAAACAUAUUUCAUAUAUUUUUUUUCACAUUUUGUAUUUUAGUAUUAGACCUAUUUACACAGUUGCUGUUGCUUAAAAUUUCGCAGUAUAUUUUUACAUAUAUUAUAGUGUAAAAAAUAUUGACAAAGUUUAUAAGAAUUUAAAUGGGAACGAGCAUAGUGUCAGGGAAAAUCCUAAUUUUGUCAGGGAAAACAGGGAAAUGUCAGGGAUUUUUGAAAUCCAUUUUCACUGGACACCCUGUUAAAGAAAAAGAACUAACAAACUAAACCAUACAACUACCAUUUCAGAAGGGUGUAUUACGUGACACAGUAACUGUCAAAAUUUCAGUUAUUCUUAUAUAAAAGUCAAUUAGGAAUUUAGCUCUUAAAUUUUUGGAUUCUAAUAAUUGUUUUAUUUUUGAAAAAAAGAUAUUUUGUUACAUUGACAGAAGUAAUUAUUUCCAGUCAGGUACUUGAAAUUUUAUAAAAUUGGCCGGUGUUCCUUCUGAAAAAAUGAAUCGAACCGUAUCGAAGACAUGACUCACCGAUGCAUUUCUUGCCCGUGGAAUCCAAGACGUAACCUGCCGGACACUCGCACCUGAAGGAGCCGUCGGUGUUGAUGCAGUCGCCCCCGUCGCAGGCCCCGGGCAUGAAGGAACACUCGUUGAGGUCCUCCCCGGUGUCGCCCCGGCCCGGCCCUUGGGGGCACAGCCUCAGGAACGCCUCUGCGAGCAUCCAGGGACAGCCAGCUCAAGCUUAUAAACAUUGAGAGCCUGCCUACUUCGCUAUGCAAUCAGCUAGAAAUCUGAAUCCUGCAAAGGUACAGACAAGAUAUUGUGGUUUUAUUUUAAGGAGAGUUUAAUUUUUAAAAUAGAGAUUUCCAUGUUUAUGUUUUUUAAGAAAUAGCAUACUUUGCUAUGCAAUCAGCUAGAAAUCUGAAUCCUGCAAAGGUAGAGACAAGAAUUUUUUGGUUACAUUUUAAGGACAUCUUAUCUUGUUAUCAUCGGGGAACGUACCAAGUGUGUUGGUGUGCCAAAUGUAAAUUUAUGAUAGCGAAACUACCUCGGAAUAGUUUUUGUACACUUUAAUGGUCAUAACAAGAAAUAUUCGCAACUUUAAAGUACUUGGAUAAUUAGAAAGGCUGUUCUAUUUUUGUUCGAUGGUGCUGCUAUCUCUAGUAUUUUGGCCAUGACAAUCGUAUCGAUGGUUGCGGAACGUCCCCUACAAUGCGUUGAAACCAGUUUCUAGCCUCGCGCAGGGCACCGUUUAUUAAAACAGUUACCAAUAUUCGGUUCCUUGUUGGGAUUCGGUUCGAACACAUUCUGGAAUACGGCCCGCGAGUUAGGUUAUGGUUGUGUCCCAACAAGGCAGUGCUACCCAAACACCCAAGUCUCAGAGUUGAACACCCCACCAACAGAACACCUAAACAGAGGUGUGAUGUGGUCCACGCGUGCUCCUCACCAGAAUGUGGUGGCGGGCACUGCUCGCAGUACUGUCCCCACGCCGCUCCCAUGGAGCAACAGCACUUCUUCACGGUUAUCGGCUCCUGGCGUGGGUUGGCGCACUGCCCUGAAACACAGCCUCUCAUACAGUAUUCAGAUUUGUAACAAGAUGUAAAUGAAGUCAUAUGUAAAGUAUUUGUUAACAUCAAUACCUUAAAGCAGUGGUUCUCAAAGAGUGGCCGGACUUCACUGAUGCCCCCUAUAAGAUUUCCGGGAACACCCUGUGGUGUUCCAGGGAAAUAUGUAUGCAGAUAUAAAAAUUAAUAUAGUUACUCUAUUAUACCAUUUCAUUAUGCACAUACCGUUUUUUUGUGUUAACACAUCAUUAUUUGUGUUAUUUGAACAACUCUGCAGGUUUUGCUCGUACAGUGAUUUAGUUAUGUACGGCACUGUAAUCAUUUGUAGGCUCAACUUAAAAAAUCUUGAGAACCACUGCCUUACAGUGAGUGAUAAUAUUUUACUAAAGUAAAAUUUGCAGGUAAAGAAAAAUAUUUUGCUCAGUUGAUAACUAUGAGAGAAAUCUCGUCAGUUAAGACAAAAAUAACGUGGUGCAGCUCCAGCAAUUAGUAUGAGAGAUAAUCUGAUGGCAAAUUUUCAGGAUUCAAAGCAACACUGUGGUACACAAACCACAGGUAGCAUUGGACUUAGAAAUCAAAUGCGUUACCUCUGUUGAAAGUGUCGUAGCAGAACUCCUCCCUGAUGUCGAUGCACUUCAUGCCUGUCUCGCUGAGGACGUAUCCUUCCGGACACUCGCACAUCACCCCGCCGUCCGUGUUCAAGCACUCCCCCUCUUCGCAGAUGCCGGGGUUCUCCACGCACUCGUUCACGUCUGCAGCGACAUCAACAUGCCUUCUGGGUCACCCUCUAGCGGCCAGCUUCCAAGUUAUGCUUGAUAAGGCUUUACGUCACAUGGUUAUGCACAGAUGCUUAAGGGAGAAAUGACCUUCAAGGUUAUAGUGGUCUCCAACCCUUUUGGGUACAGACUCAAUUCUCACAAGUUUGAGUUUUCAACAGGCUGUAAGUCAAAAGUAAACAUUUAUUUUAAAAAAAUAGAUGUGAUAGGCCUGUGCGAAAACUAGUUUUCUGAUGUGAAGUGAAUAUCAAAUAGAAUGUUUAAAAUACUCGUGAGGUCGAAUCAAAUUGCGAAAAAUUUCUGGGUGAAGCUGUAUUACAUUUAUUUUAUAAACCACAGGAUUCAAGUAAAAAAAUAAUUGUUCAAUGUUUGUAGUGUUGGAAUGGAUGUGA